CACAUUAUAGAUGCAAUCCAGUCAUUGCCAUUUUUAUUCUCUAUGUUAAGAGAUGUAAUGCAUAGUGUUCAGAGAAAAAUCUAAUUAAAUGACAUCAUUUUUAAAAUAAGAUUUUAAAUCUUUUUUACAAGAUAAGAAAUCCUCAGGCAGAUUUAUAUUACCACGUACUACUAAAAACAGAUAUUCCAAUGUUAGUAGUCUCAGAGCUGCGUGGAUCUUACAUCAUCUUUUGAAGUCAUGCAAAAUUCAGAAAAAGAUAUUUGAAGCACUCCAGGCUUUCUCUCUUAUUUGACUAACUCUUCAAAGAAAUAGGAUAAGUAAAGAAACCUUGGUUGGCACAGAAAGCUGUUAGACUGGUUCAGUUUGUACAGCUUGCAAAAUUCCUCUGACAUUUGUCUUGAAGAGCUUCUGACCUCUUCCAAAUCAAGAAAGGACAAAGCACAGAUAGCAUAUGUAAGAAUAUGAGUGCAGCCAUAUGAACCUCUUUUCCUUCUGAUCAGAAAAGUCCAGAAUUUAUGAAGCCCAAUAACAAAGUCACAAGACCCGAGAAUACACCCGGAUUCUGCUUGUCCAAGAGUUUGAGAGAGCUAUUUCCCAGCUAAAAAGUUUUUGUUUCCAGCAUAACCUAUCAGAGGAAGUCUGAAGCAGUAUAAUUCCCAUUUUAUUACUGUAAGAGUUUUGACUUUUAUCCUUCUGUUUUGUUCAAACAUCUUGCCCACAUUAUCAACCUUUUUUAUUUAUAUGAACGGCUCCUCUUAUUUGACAUCAGUUAUUUCUAGAAAAGUCGGAACUCACGGCAAAAUCGAGAUCAGGGUUCCACUGUUCCUUCAAAUUCCAUCAUGUUAUGAUACUAUGCUCUCAGGAGGAUUUGGGCAUGUCCCAUUUAAACAGAUCCAAUCUUAUUUAAUUCUCUCACCUUGAGCAUAUGGUGAGUAAGCAAAUGGCAAAUGUUCUAAGUUGUCUUUGAAUGAUUUCUGUCAAAUAUCAAGGUAUUAUUAAAGGCAGGAUACAGUAUUUGAAAGUACAACAGCAGAAGAAGGGGGUUACUAGCCUUGAAGCUACAGGUGCUUCCAGAUGGAAAGCUCCUAAGGUACUCACUCCUCUUACCCCCUAUACUGUGCAGCUAUAGUAUAUUUCGUUGCUUAACAUUUGUUUUUAUGAAGGUGUGGUAAAGAAGAGUUACAACAGCCAACGCUGUUGCCUGGCUCCUGUAAAAGUACAGGACUGAGGCAGGGCGAAGGCUUCCCACAGCGAUUUCUGCCCCUUCCACGUAUUUAAUAAGAGUUGUGCCAACUCCCUGCGGGACCCGGAGCUUCGGGUUUCAGCAGAAGCAGCUCCAGCUAUUCUCGCCUUCACAAUGGAGACCCCUCUCCCACCUUCUUCUUUUCCCCUCAGGACCCUCCAGGCUGCUUCGCAGCAAAUGGAUUCCCGCUCCGAAGACCCUGCGGAGGAACCGAGGGGCCCACCAAACAGGAAAGGACCCGGGUCCCGAGUCUUCAACGAUUCGUUCCCGCCUCGGUUUUAAGAAAGUCCCACUCGGCAACGAAACCAAACUCUCCCAUAGCGGGAAUCGGGGCUACCCUACGAGUCCAGGACGCACAGGCGAUGCCUUCUUCGGCAGAAACUCCGCGUUGAACAAAAUGGGUUCUAGGAAGCAGUCAAAGGAUGAGCAUCUGAAACCAUGUGAGCAUCAAUCAGAAAAAGCGUCAAAAUCAUCUGGAAAAAGGAAGCGAGACCAUGGAGAACUGGAUAAUGAGUUACAAGCAAAAAAACUAUUUGUGAGGAAAACCAAACAACUGCAAAAAAAAGGACAAGCUUGCUUUGGUGGCUUCAUGGUUCGAAAUUCAAGAGUUGCCUUCCAUCCAUGGGAAAUACAAAAGAAUAUUGUCCACUAUGUUUAUCAAAAUAUGGUGGGUGGCACUAUUGGAGCACAGCUUAAGAAGUGUCUCCAGGUGCCCUUUGUACGUUCUCUCUACUGGUACCGUCUGUUCCAAACGGCAAGUCCCUUUGACAGAAGAAUUACAGCUUUGGAAUGGCAUCCAAUGCAUCCCAGCACAGUCGCUGUGGGAUCCAAAGGAGGAGACAUCAUCCUGUGGAAUUAUGAAGUGCUCAAUAAAACAUCUUUUAUUAAAGGGAUUGGAGCUGGAGGGGCCAUCACAGGAAUGAAGUUUAAUCCUUUUAAUCCAAGUGAGCUGUACACAUCAUCAGUUGCUGGAACUACUGCCUUGCAAGAUUUUAGUGGCAACACAAUCCGGGUCAUGGCCAAUAGUGAUGACUGGGAUUUCUGGUAUUGCAGUGUUGAUGUAUCAGCAACUCGUCGGACUGUAGUAACAGGAGAUAAUGUAGGGAACGUGAUUUUGCUUAGUACUGAAGGUGAACAGAUAUGGAAUUUGAAGCUGCACAAAAAGAAAGUGACUCAUGUGGAGUUUAAUUCUCACUGUGAUUGGCUGGUGGCUACGGCCUCUGUAGAUCAGACAGUCAAAAUCUGGGAUCUGAGAAAUAUUAAGGAUAAAUCAAGUUGUCUUCAUGUACUUCAGCAUGACAAAGGUGUCAAUGCAGCUUAUUUCAGUCCAACAGAUGGUGCUAAACUACUGAGUACAGAUCAGCACAAUGAAAUCCGGGUUUAUUCUUCCUCUGAUUGGUCCAAACCACAGCAUUCAAUUUCGCAUCCUCAUAGACAGUUCCAGCAUCUCACACCUAUCAAGGCAACAUGGCAUCCUCGUUACGACCUCAUUGUGGUUGGUCGUUAUCCAGAUCCUAAGUUCCCAGGGUACACAGCAGAUGAGCUGAGAACUGUUGACAUAUUUGACGGAAACAGUGGAGAGAUGGUGUGCCAAUUACAUGAUCCAAAUGCAUCAGGCAUUAUCGCUCUCAAUAAGUUUAACCCCAUGGGCGACAUCUUGGCUUCAGGAAUGGGCUUUAAUAUUCUGAUAUGGGACCGAGAAGUGAUGGUUGGUAAGAAGCAGGAGGAUCUCAUGCAAGCUAUGAAAGAGCAGAGAAUUGGGCUUAAGAACGUACCCCACCAAAGAGGACAGAGGCAAAGGCAAUCAAACACAGAAACAAACAAAUUCAAAACUAAACUGCUGAGUCUUGAAUUAGAGGAGACCAAAACUAAGGCUAAAGAAUACACAGUGCGCACUAAGAGAAGAAAGGACCCGGAGGACUUAUGAGUCAAGCUUGUGUCACUAGUGUUUGCUUGGAGCAAAGUUGGUGCUGCUGGCAUAACGUGCGACAUUGACUUCAGAAGAAGGAAGCCCUUUAUAAUAGACCAUCUUCUUUGAUGAUGGAAAUUAUGUUACAGAACUGAGUCAUCCAUUAUUAUGGGCAAGGCAUAAGGCAUAUACAUGUGCAUGUCCUUAAAUGAGCUAAAAGGAAUAUUCUGUUGUGUGUACCUGAAGGCUUUUAAUUGUUUUAAGGCACAAACAUAUGCUAACAAUCCAGAUUACAGUAUAUUUUCAGACCUAGCUGUUUUCUUUUUAUAAUACAUUGAAAACAAUCUAUGUUUAUCCUAUGCUCACUAAAAAUAAGAGCAUUUUUGUUUUAAGGAGCAAAAUAACUUGUUUGUUCUCAGACACAGGUAUUUGUAUUUUGUGAGAUUGUAAAACUGUCUAGAACUUAAAAGAUAUAUAGAGGUACAAAAAAGGCAACUAGCUAUAGGUACCUUACUUUGCAACAAUUAUUGUGAUUCACUUACUGUGUUCUUUUGUUUAAAAAUAUGUUUAAUGUUUUUGUAUCAUAAUUAUUUUGUUAUACAAAGAAGCUACAUGCUUCUUGAAAAACAUAAUAGCUAGGACAUAAGCCUGCUCAAGGAAUAUAUCUGAGAAACUUAAUAAAAAUUGAAUGAGUGACCAGAGUCUUAUUUUGGGGAGUUGUGCUCCACACAUUUUAACUUGUCCCUUCAUUGUCUUUUAUAAACCUGAUACUGCUUUUUUUUUAAAAAAAAGAAGGAUUUCAAGAUUUGCAUUCUACCGGUAUACAAUAUAUAAAUGUAUAGGAAAAUAGAGCUCUUUAUUAGCUUCAAAGACCUGUUAGAAAUACAUUAAUUUUUAUACAUUGAAUUGGAAGUGACAGUAAAGGUAAUCUAAUCAUUGCCAAUCCCUGCUUAUUGCAGGAUCCGCUAGACGGCUAGAGAAGGGGUCUCCAACCUUGGCAACUUUAAACCUGGCGGACUUCAACUCCCAGAAUUCCCCAGCCAGCUUUGCUUUAAGUCUGCCAGGCUUAAAGUUCCCAAGGUUGGAGACCUCUGGGCUAGAGCAUCUCUAACAGUUUACCAUCUUGCUUCAGAGAACUCAUAUCAUGUGGCAGUCUGUGCCACUGGCUAAUGACCUGUACAGUCAGGAAAUUCUUAAUGUCUAACAGAAGCCUCCGUGCUUGUAGUUAACCUAGAGUUCUGGUCCUGCCUCUAGGGCAAUAGAGAGUAAGAGCACUCCCGCUUUAAUACUUACAUU